GUCAAAUAAAAUGGCUAAGAAACCUUUAGCAAUUUUCUUUUUGUGCGCAUUAAUAUGGAAGGAAAAUGCCGUUGAAGGAAAAUUUAAGUUUAGCUUAAAAUGGGAAAGUUCUGAAGAACCUAGGGAGGCAUUCCCUGUAAAGAAUUUGCCAAGUAUUAAUUUGUUACAGAAUACAAAUUUUUCUGCUCGAAAUCUGCCAACUUUUCGUAACAGUGUGUACGAAAUGGGAGUUGAUACUUAUCAGGGAAACUUUUUUGGUGCACAGGAAUAUUGCAGAUCUCUUAACAUGAGCCUGGUUAGUAUUGAAUCUGAGGAUGAAAAUUAUUUUCUUUACCAACUGAUGAAGGAACGUUUUGGUGAUAGCAUGGAAUAUUGGUUUUGGACUUCAGGAGCCAAACUGGACAACAGAUGGAUAUGGAUGAGUACAGGGCGCCCGAUUAAAUACUACAACUGGAUGCGCUUCCAACCAGACAACAUACGAAACAAGGAAAAUUGUAUAGAAGUGAGAUUUAACUGGUACACGGGUUUGGGUUGGAACGAUAGGAAUGGACUUGAUUGCGGCGUACAUGCACUGUGUGAAGCAGAAAUUGAACCUGUUAAAACGCUUAAAACGCUUACCACACCUAUUAUACGGACUACCACACCUGAUGUAUGGGAUACUACACCUAUUAUACGGACUACCACACCUGCUAUACGGACUACCACACCUGAUAUAUGGAAUACCAAACCUGAUAUAUGGUAUAACACACCACCUAUUGCACGGGAUACGACACCUGAUGUACGGGAUACCACACCUGUUAUACGGGAUACCACACCUGAUACUAUAUGGAAUAACACGUAUCUUACCCGGGAAACAGAUGAUAAAUGGUCUUCAACACCUGAUUAUUAUUACGCUUAUACCUAUGACACCUAUUAGUAAAUCCCUAGAUGGUAACACAGUAAAAAUAAAUGGACGUCUUUAUUUUUAUCCAACUAUGAUUAUCAUUCAAGACCAUAAACUUUAUAAAUAUUAGCGAUAUGUGAAAAUUUAGGUAAAUCGUCAACUAAUGACAUAGAAAAAUUAAAAUUUACUUUUACUCAAAA